UCGAUGUAUGAUACCUAGCGCCAAAGUAAAUAGUUUCGGACUAAAUGGAUUAGGUCAUGGAUUGGAUCAAAAUCUCUUCAUCGGUGGUAGGGUACCUAACGUUGAAGUAAGAUUAAAUGGAUUAGGCAAAGGUGGACAAUUAUUCGUUAACGUUAAAACAUUAACUGGUAAAACCAUAACAUUGGAAGUCAAAUCUAUUAUAACAAUUUACAAAUUAAAAUCGUUAAGAAAGAUUAAUUUUUGCUGGUAA